AGCUUUCUGGCACACUCCAGGGAAAAAAAAUCUAUGAUAAGAAUCAACUGGGGCACUUGGUUCAAAAUGGUCCAUAAGAAAGACCAUCCAGGUCCAGGGAAAAGCUAAUAUAAUAAUGAUCCGAAAAUUACUUUGCUGGGAUGAUAAUGCCAGAAUUUAACGGCCAACUUUGAAUGUUGAGGAAACCUUAGUCAUAUAGUAAUAAAACCCGACUGACUGGAUUGGGUGGGAUGCCUUGGGUUAACUUAACUUCGUUUUUUUUUAAAAAAAAAAAAAAAAUACAUAUUCCAUAUACAGACACCGUUGUGGCUGUGACAUGCAACCCUGUCUUGAAAUGGAAAGGUCCACCCAUACCCAAAUAUACUGUCUAUGAAGCACUACAGCAUGCUCGUGCCUCUACAAGGACUCACUUGAAAAGUACAGGAUUGCUGCUUCUAAAUCAUCUGAUGAUAACGAACCAGCAUAAAUGAGCUUUCAUUCACAGACUUAAGAGAUAAACUGCUUGCUGUUGAUCCUCUCAACAAAGACCAUGUUGUAAGGGUCAAUCGUGCUGAGGCCGAGUCCUGAAGGAAGUCAGAAGGAUACAGGGUGUGAUGGAGUGAAGAAAUUUUGGGCUUUGAUUGCGGGGACCAACAGUGGUUCUCAGAAACUUGUUUUCCUGUUGGUAACCUUGCCAAGCCAAGCAUGAAAGACCUUGAAUUCAUAGAGGAGCUGAAGCAGCUCAUAGAGAAAGAAGAGGUGCCUGCACCUGCUCCCAUGGAGCAGCGAUGGACAGCUUGCAGCCAGAGCUCCAUGAGCCCAGCUUCAAGCUCAGCAGAGUAUGAUAUAUUCUCGUGGGUUGGUAUAAUCAUGCACCUUCCUACAACGGUUGCCCGGCAAAGAAAGGAAAUCACAGAUGAGUUCUUCCACUACAGGCAUCUGACUCAGGCAGAGUUGUGGGAUAAGUAUUCCGCUUAUAAACUUUGCGCUAAAAUUGAGUGCAUCCUUAGUUAAACCUCACAAAAUAUUUGCGGGUUCCUAAGGACAAGGAUGAGCUUGCAGCUCUUCAAGCAUGGUUAAGAAAGCGCUUUCCUGUGGAUGCAUAUAACAAGGCAAGGAAAGAAUUGGACCCCAACAGGAUCCUUUCUAACAACAUGCUGGAUCCCAUCUUCGGAAACAAAUGGAAAAGCAUCCUUCGGUGGUUGGUUAGUCAUUUUAUUCUUUCGUAUCCUUUUUAUUUUUGGAUACAUCAUAUGUAUUGUCUUUUAGUCAAUCUGCUUGGAGCUUCAGCAUAAAUACCUGACUGCACACCAACUUGAGAGAACUGGCAAUAUAGAAUAACAUGUUAUAUUUAUGAAGCUCACCCUACAAGAAAGCCUUCUGGCCUCUGAUCGAUGAUGAAUUUUCUUUCACGAAUGGGAAAAUGAAGUUUAGGAAUAAAGAUUACAUGUUGUAUUUUUUUUUUUUA